GGGGCGCUACUGGCACAGAUUUUUCAGAUUGUAAACAUGUUUGGGACGAAGAUACAUUUGCACGGUGCAGUGUCGUUUUUCGUGUAAACCAAGACAAAACGCUAACGACGGACUGAAUUAAAUGUCCGCCACACUGGAACCAAACUGUGAUACACAGCUGAGCUGAUUUGAAGCGUCCCAAACUGCAAUGCUAAUGUUAACACAGCUAGCUAGCAGCCUGUCAGACUUCGGCAUUCCGCAUUUGAGUGUCAUUAUUGUGGCGUGGUAUUAAAACUUGCGUUAAUGGCUGCAGAGGUCCUCGCUUGGACUUUGUAAGGAUUGCCGACUGGACAAAGGACAAACCUGUAGCAAAUGUAAAGAUUUGGCUGUCUUUUCAGCUCGUCAGUCACCUCACAGCUGUCAUUGUUUGUUGGCGUGGAAGGGCUCUGGUAAGCUAGCCAGCCCGUCUUAUGUGUGAUUGCUACUUAAUGGGGUGGAGCUUUUUAUUAGUGUUGCCAUAUAGGCGAGAAUAACGUUAGCUUUCAGUUCUUAGUCGAGUAAGACGGUGUCCGACAAAAUGGUGCUGAGGACUUGCUGGAAAUCUCGACAUAAAAGUAGCUGUGAACCUGCUGCUCGUUGGAUCCGACUGGCAUUGGCAGCCUUGUUCUGGUUAUGUGCGACCCAGUUAGCUAGCGGGAAUGGGAUGGUGGGAGAGACCAAAUUCGUUGUCCAUAAGGAUGCAGAGUUUGAUGUCACCUAUAAUGACACGGUUACAAGUGUAAACCAGACCGUUUAUGCUUUCAAUCACACCAUCUCCUGGAAUAAGACAGAAGGAGUGCGUGUGACCGUGGAUGUGAUGCAGCAACAUUUGGAGAGUCCUAUUUUAUUUGUAGUGCGGCAGAAGCAAGCAGUGAUGUCUUUUCAAGUCCCUCUUAUUCUAAGAGGCCUCUACCAGAGAAAGUACCCUUACAAACACGUUGGUCGAACAUUGUGCCAACCUCCUACCCGGGCCGCUUCCGAAACCCAGUACUUCUAUGUUGACGUGUCCACCUUGUCCAGCCAGGUUACAAACUACCAGCUCAGAGUCAGCCGUGUGGAAAGUUUCACCCUACAGACAAACAAGAUAUUCAGCUUCACUGCGUCACCAUCCCAACCUCAGUACUUCAAGUAUGUCUUUCCAGACGGGGUAGACACUGUGAUUGUCAAAGUCAACUCAGACAUGAACUUCCCCUGCUCUGUUAUGUCAGUUCAGGACAUCCAGUGCCCAGUCUAUGACCUUGACAACAAUGUGGCCUUCAUUGGGAUGUAUCAGACUAUGACUAAAAAAGGUGCCAUCACCGUGCAGAGAAAGGAUUUCCCGAGCAAUAGUUUCUAUGUGGUGGUAGUGGUAAAAACAGAGGACGAAGCAUGUGGCGGUCCGCUGCGAUUCUACCCCCUACGACCUGAUGAGUUGAUCGAUGCUGGAAACCGCACCAAGGUCCUGGAUGUGAUGGUUUCUCCUGCCAUCAACUCUGAGAAGUAUGUGAUGGGCAUGCUGUUCUGUCUGGGCAUCUUCCUCUCCUUCUACCUGCUCACCCUGCUGGUUGCCUGUUUGGAUAACAGGCGAAUGAAGAAGAGGAGAGAACUCUUUCAGGUUCCUGCUGACACAUCGCCUGCAGAGACAGCCUCUCUUCUUGGGAAGAACGGCGAUGAUAAAGAUGCAAACUCACCUGGGUGCUUUCUAGGCAAGACUCCAACCUCACCGUAUGAAUAUGGCUCCUUUGCUGACAAUGGCAGCACGCUGAGUUCAGAGGCCGUCACCGACAGCGCCACAUCAACUGAUAACAACUACGGUUACAUGGAGCGAUCAUUGGACAGCGUUGGACGAAGCAGGCAGGAGUCUUUAAGCUCAGUGGAGGAGGAUGACUACGACAUAUUAGAUGACAUCAACUCAGACAAAAACAUCGUUCGAACCAAGAAAUACCUGUGUGUGUCUGACCUGGCACGAAAAGACAAGAGGGUCCUCAGCAAGAAAUACCAAAUCUACUUCUGGAACAUCGCCACAAUCGCCGUGUUCUACGCGCUGCCAGUCAUCCAGCUGGUCAUCACCUAUCAGACGGUUGUCAAUGUCACAGGAAAUCAGGACAUCUGUUACUACAACUUCCUGUGUGCUCACCCCCUCGGGGCUCUAAGUGCAUUCAACAACAUCCUUAGUAACCUUGGUUACGUGAUGCUGGGACUCCUCUUCCUCCUCAUUGUCCUCCAGAGAGAUAUCGUCCAUAACAGAGCCCUGGUUCGAAAUGAUCUCAGCGCGCUGGAAUGUGGUAUCCCAAAGCACUUUGGUCUGUUUUAUGCCAUGGGAACGGCUCUGAUGAUGGAGGGCUUGCUCAGUGCUUGUUACCAUGUCUGUCCCAACUACACGAACUUCCAGUUCGACACCUCCUUCAUGUACAUGAUUGCUGGUCUGUGCAUGUUAAAGCUGUACCAGAAGAGACAUCCAGACAUCAAUGCAAGUGCUUACACUGCCUACGCCUGCCUCGCUGCAGUCAUUUUCUUUUCUGUGCUGGGAGUGGUGUUUGGGAGAGGAAACAUGGUGUUCUGGAUCGUUUUCUCUGUGAUCCACAUAUUGGCCACGCUACUCCUCAGCACACAGCUGUACUACAUGGGCCGAUGGAGGCUCAAUGCUGGCAUCCUGCGAAGGAUUGUGUACGUCAUCUACACAGAUUGCAUCAGACAGUGCAGUGGACCCAUGUACAUUGAUCGUAUGGUUCUGCUUGUGAUGGGCAACAUAGUCAACUGGUCUUUGGCUGCUUAUGGUCUCAUAGAGAGACCUAAUGACUUUGCCUCCUACCUGCUGGCCAUCGCCAUCUGCAACCUGCUGCUCUACUUUGCCUUCUACAUCAUUAUGAAGCUGCGGAGUGGUGAAAGAAUCAAGUGUCUGCCGUUGGUGUGUAUUCUCUUCACGGCGGUGGUGUGGGGCUUUGCACUGUAUUUCUUCUUCCAGGGUCUCAGCACCUGGCAGAAAACUCCAGCAGAGUCUCGUGAGCACAACAGGGACUGUAUCUUGCUGUCAUUCUUUGAUGACCAUGACAUUUGGCACUUCCUCUCCUCCAUCGCUAUGUUUGGAUCAUUCCUGGUCCUUCUGACCAUGGAUGAUGACCUUGACACUGUCCAGAGAGACAAGAUCUUCGUCUUCUAGAUUUGUCAGGUCUUCUGUGAGAAGCUCAGCUUGUCCUCUCUGCCUUAACACCGUUUGGUUUUUUUGUUUGCAUUUCCUCCAUGUUUCCAAAAAGCACAGCCAGCAGCCUGUUUCCUCAAGCUGUCAAUCAUUGUCUUUCAUAGCCAGUCAGGGAACAGUGGCAGCUCCUCCCAUCACCCGUUCGGACACUAACGUGCCAAUCAUGUGCUGGAUCGACGUCGAGCGAUGCUGAAAUGUUUCCUCCUCAUGCUGCCAUCAACAAUGUUACUUUUGUAAUCAAUGUUUACGCACUGCUGGUGACGAAAAUAACAAUGUACAAAGUAAAAAUUGUCCAAUUUAACUUAUUUUAUAUUAUCAACGUUCUAUCUGAUCAUGAGGCAUUAAUGCAUUUUGAAAAAUACUGUUUGUAUGCUGUGUGUGUUUGUACAGGUGUGUGUGUUUACAAACAUUCAUUGUGCAAAAUGAAACCUGUGCAGUCUGUCCAGUGGCCUUCAAUGUUCUAAUCAUGUUAGUCACAUACUGUGCUCUGAUUGGUCAGAUCUUCAAGCUAGCCGUCCUCCUUGUUUGGAGAAAAUCGAUGAUUGUAUUUACUUCAUGACUGCCCUCAUGUGUGACUGCAGAGGUAUUUUUUGCACUGUUCUGUAUGAAGAAAAAGUAUUUUAUUGUUAAGCAUUGCAAUGAGCGGUUACUGAAUAAAGGUUUCCUUUUCUGA